AUGGAGUCACUCAUCUCACUGGCACUCAGUCAAGGUGCGCUCAGCUCCAUCCUUUUCGCACUCUCACUCAUCAUCAUGCCCGACAAACUACAUCAACAUCAAUUGACACCAAACAGCAGCAGCAGUAGCACCAGUAAUAAUAGUAAUACCAAAACAAACAAUAAUCAAACACAACCGAACAACAAUAGUAAUAAUAGCAAUCAAACACAACCGAACAACAACAACAACAUUAACAACAAUAGUAAUAGUAGUAGUAACAACAGUAAUAAUAGUAUAAAGAAUGGUGUUAAUAAUUCAUCUAAUAGAUUGAAUCCACCACCUCAUAUAUCUAGUUUCAAGACUAAUAGUACUGGACAGAGUAGUAGUAUGGGUAGCAUACCAGAAUCUAUACAUAUAACAUCCGAUACAUCAAAUAGUAGUAGUAGUAAUAACAAUACUAAUAACAACAUUAAUAACAACAAUAUUAACAACAAUAGUAAUAAUACAGAACCAAUCUCAUUGAGAUUGAUUCCAUUCAUUAGACAACUUGAACAAUGGAAAGUAGAUUUACCAUUAAGUCCAUUAUCUAGAGAUUUAUUAUUUGCAACAUGGCCAAUAUUAUGGAAUGAUAAUGCAUCUGAAGAUUCAUUGUCUUUCUUGUCUUCACCGAAUACCAAUAUUGCAACGAUUACUUCGGACGGUGAUUAUAUUUAUAUUCAUGAUAAUUGUGGUCUGGCAAAGAUCGGUACUGGCUACUUUGGAACACAUCAGGGUAGAAUCUAUGCUCGUAACGGACAUUGGUAUCCAAAGGAGAAGGGUUGGUUGGCAUCGGUCGGUAAUCAUCUCUACUAUCGAUCGCCAUCCACCGAUCCUGCGGCGUUGAUUGUUAUCGAUCCGCUCACUCUCCAAGAGGUUGCGCGCAUCCACCAAGAUGGCGGUGGUUCACUCAACACCACCAACAAUCUAACGUUGCCGUUUGGCGCGGAAACAGUGCAGUCCUCUGUAGACGAAUCGAUCUUUCUCACACCGCACUACCAGAUAACAACGCGUUCCCCUAUGUUCACCGACGGCCGCUACAUCUACAUCCUGACGCUGCAGCGAUUCCACAGCUACAACAACAAGCAGUUCAUCGUCGACAUGUACGACCCGUUCGCCAGCUUCAAACACAUCAAGAGAAUCGAGCUGCGCUAUCCCGAUUCCGACGUCAACGAAGAGCUAGUGUUGAAUCCGGCGGUGCUCGAGCUGGGAUCGUUCUAUACCAACGGACAUUAUCUGAUGGUGGUUCUACCGCCACCUCUUGGAACCGACUACAAUUUCGAUACGAAAUCGUAUAUUUGUCGCGCGUUUAGUCUUAGCGAUGGAUCGCUCGUUGGCAACUACUGUCUGGAGAAUCAACCGAUCGGUAUCACUUCGACCUACGACUUUGUCAACAACGUCAUAUGGAACUACUCCAGUAGCGAAUCGGAAAUCGGUCGUUAUGGAAACGAGGGAUUCGGUCCCAAACACAACUUCCCUAUUAUAUUGUCGCGUUCCUCCACUACUACGGGCGCCAGCGGCAGUAGCAGCAGCUCCUCGACCACCUCGACAUCUUCGUCGUCCACCUCGACCUCGACCUCGACAUCGACCUCGACAAUCUCUACCACUUCAACGACAUCGUCAAACGCAACAAUGAUUUCAACUACCAUUACAACAUCGAUGGUCGAAUCCGAUGACAAUAUGGGUAUGGAGCCAAAGCAGGUUGUCUCAACAGUGCUUGGCAUACUGAGUAGACUGGCCGUCGAUUAUAUGCCGUCGGUCUCUGAGAAUUCGAAUCAUUCUUCGGCAUCGACGAUUCAUCAUCUCUACAAGCUGAACGAACCGUACAGUGUUGAGGUGAACUUCAAUACCUUCUCACAGUUGUACUCCAUUCUGAAGCACUAUCAAGGACAGCUGAGAAUCGGCUACUCAUUGACCUCACCUAAAACCAUUGACAUUCUACGCUGUAUCAUCUAUUGUUUGCGAUUGCUAAAAGUCAAUCUGUUCCGUCUGACUUCGAACAUCAGGAGUUUGGAGCGUAGUCAACAACACUACCAAGAUUCAUCGCGUGAUUCACUGUUGAAGUGUAUCGAUCAGACUUUCUUACAUCAAUUGCGUGAUCUUCUCUUGGGUUUCGUCAUCGACGGUGUCGAAGGAUCGUCUUCCAAUCCUCCUCCACCACUAGUGAAGCAGUCGUCGCUCUCUGCACUGCCCUCACAAACCAAUGGAACCUCCAAAGAGAUCCUACCGGAAUUCAAUACGAUCAUGGAGGAAUCGUGUGAGAUUCUCACCAUUGGUUUGGAUCUUUUCUAUCCAACAUCGCUGGACAAAGCAAACUUUGUAAAGACCUUGCUGGAACAGGUGAUGAAUCACAGAAAAGCUGGAUCGCUUCCGACUAUACCCGGAACGAAACCGACCAAAGAAAAAGAACGUGAGAAAGGCUAUUCGAUGCUAUUGAACUCGGUGUUAUCGCUGUUGGCAAACCAUCCAAAUGCAUCGUUCUUUGCAUUGCCACCGUUACUCUCUGAGAUUCCGUCGCCAUUCUCUGUGUUUAAUUUCGAGGGAACCGAGUAUCAGUUGUCGGACAAACCGUUCGAUCCUCUCAAUCUUUUCGUUCCGAUUAUCAAGCAUUUGCUUAUGGAAGCACAGGCCACCAUUCCCAAGCAGAGCAUACCACAGUUGUCCAGACACGAUUCCACUCAGUCGCAUCUUGGUUUCUCAUUCUUCUCAUCGGCACCACCACCUCCUCUGAGCACAUCGUCGCCAGCCAUGCGACUACUCCUAGCAAUUCAGAAAGAUCUGAUAUUGAGAGUUGAGAAUUCCAUUGUUGGAACCGAUGCACCGUCACAAGCACUGGUUGCCUACUCGCGACUUCUCAUGGACAAGUGUAAGGAGCUGUUGCUUGGCGUGCUCGACUCUGAGUCGACUCAGAGGAAUCAAUCGAUUCUCCUCACAGACUUUAAAUCUUCGGUGGUCGGUGCAUUGCUUCCAACACUGAUUCAUUCACUCUUUUUAUUUUCCUAUCAUAUCUGGUUGGCCAAAGAACUGCUUCCCUCGCUUGUUCCUCUGAUUGGCGUGGUGGAUCGCGUCAACCGUCGUCUUCCAAAACUGUUGAAUCGACCGGAACUCGGAAGACAACCUCUACAAAAACGUAGUAGUUUUGUUGAGGGACCUUCGCGUAUCUCUGAAUCGCCACAUCCCUAUCAUCCAUUUAUGAAUACUCGUCAGCUGGUGUCGAUUCCCGGUGCCGUCUUCUUGUCGCUGGUGUUUGACGAGCGGUCGUCCACCAGCACACCAGACGAUCUUCUCCAGAUCUUUGAAUCUGCAGAUUCCAAAGAACCUAUCGACCAAUUUUCUUUGGCUCAAUGGCCAAAGCGUCGUAUCUUGAUUCCCGGUGACACCGUCGUAUUCCAAUUCAUCACCGGCUCGGCAACAGGCGCAUCCAAUCCUUACGCAUUCUGGGGAUAUCGUUGCAACAUCAUUGGACACAUGCCAAAUUCCGAUAAGACAUCGUUGCCAUGGUCUUCGCAUCUUGAGAAAACCAUGUGUUGUCUGGCAGGUCGUUUCUCGGCGUCGCUCAUCAGUGGCGACCCGCUCAGUGAGUUGGAACUGGAGAAUCGCGCCAUCCUAGAGUCACCGCUAUUUAGUGGCGGUGUCGAAGAGGAGUAUGUUUCACAUGUCCUAUUUGGAAGUGACACCGGUAUCACUGCCAGUCCACAUCCAAACCCACAGCCACAACCCUACCCAAUCGAUGUCAAUGUCUGUCCGCAAAGCUUGAUGACUCCACAGUGGAAAGCGAUUCAACGUUUCUUGGUAUCGCUUGCCAAGCGUUCCGGAGAGAUCUUCUCACAGUCACUCUCUGACUUUAUGUGGCAGUAUAUCACCGGUGAGAAAGUGCGUGGUAGAGGCAACAUUAGAACAGCGCAACAAGCGGUUAUUGCAGCGAUGCUCAAACAUCUUGGCCUGGGUGAACUGGCGAUGAAUUUCGCGUUGGAAAUUAUGCAAGCGAAAUCCAAGGAAAUGGCACUGGCUGCCAGUGAGAUUAGCGACACCAGUUCCACUAGCAGUGCUGGAAGUUCAAGUGGUUCCAGCAGCGUUGCUGCCGCCGAACCUCAGUUGAAACCACCACAACAGCUCAUCGAUGUUUGGAAGUCGGUGAACCAAAUCCGUACUGCAAUUAUCCAACGUCACCAAGAGAAUUUGAACACCAAUAACGUUAUCAAUUCAACGUCGAAUGUUGUUGUUGCUCCCGAGGAUGAAACAGCCAAGCGAAGAUCGAUCCAUGCACAUGCAACCCUGAGGGAAACAAUCUACAAGGAGAUAACCGAUAAACUUCUGGAGAAAGCAAUGUUUUUGUUGGAGUUGCAAUCGCUGUUUUUCGACAAUGAAACGUUGUUGGCGAAUCCCACUCCCAAGGAUCAGGAGCGUGCAACUCUCAACAGCCAGAUUUGGAAUGAAAUAGUUUCCGCGGUUAUCCAGUUUGUACUGUCGAAUGUCUCGCUUGAGGAUAUCAAGAAGAUUCUGGUUGGGCGACGUUCACGUGCCUACACUCGUAGCAUUGGAUUGCAGGCGAUGAUCGACAUCUUGCGUUGUGCAUCCGAUCACACCAUGAAGCAUGAGACACUCUGCUAUAUUGGCCCGGCACUCAGAAACAGUGGACUGGUGAAACAGCGAUCUCCUCCAUUCCACUAUCUCGACCAUCUUCAGGGUUGUGGAUCUCGUCUAUUCAAAGACAUCAAGCGUAACUUCCGUGCGCUCAUGGAAGACAUUGCGUCGCUGCUACAAGAUCCAAACAGUGAUUACACUCUGAAACUGUAUGCUCUCGAUGCAUUCACUCUGAAUUUCACAUCGGAAGACGCAGAUUUGUUGACGAGUGUCGACAUCUUCAACAAGAUUCACGGAUUGAUGACAAACGAUUCGAUUUGGGGUGGAUUGUGGUCGAGUAGCCACAGUGUAAUGAGCGCACAAUCUCCUAUCAAUUCGAUCUUGCUCCACUCACAAUCUUCAAGCUCGAUUGGCAGUGGUGGCAGUAGCAGUAGCAACCUGUUCUCUGCCAACAACAACUACUCUGGUUUCGUCGAGGAGGAACGCGUCGAAAAAGAAAAGUUGAAACGCAAUGCCAAAGCACUGUUUAGAUUCCUCGGAUUGAUUUGUGUCGAUGGUGGUCCAAACAAUAACAACAAGCAGACCUCGAUGACCAAUUCAAUGUUGAGUCUGCUUGGAACUACCAAUCGCUCGUUGGACACACUCAGAGAUGCAUUCUUCCACCUGAUGGAAACACAACUCGAUUCCUCACUGGUCUACCUGCAAGAGCAGAACAAGACCUAUUGGCAAGGUUCCGAUCUUCCAGCCGCCGUUUCUUCACCACCGACGUCGAUCGCCAACAAAGGACGUAGAAUAAUGAGAGGUGAACGUACAACCCUAAACUAUGAUUUCAGUGAUGGAUUGUCACUCCUCUACAUUCUCUCUGCUUUCAACUCGGUGAAACAACGUUUGAUAUCACCGUCGUUCCUUCAUAUAUUCCAUUGUAUCUUGCAGGUCGGUGAUGAAACUCACCGGAAGUUGACACUUCGAAUCUUUAGAAGAAUUCUUCCGUAUGCUCCACCCAACAAAUUGGUGGUCUCUUCUAAACGAUCGAAUUCCACAUCGCAAUCUUCUACUCCACCGACGUCAGUGUCGACAGCCAGUCCUGUUUCCAGCUCAACUCCAUCGCCUGCAGCUGCAGCAGUGUUGUCCUCUUCCACUACUUCGCAAUCGUCCAACUCAAAUUCAAGCAACAGCAACAACAGCAGUUCCAACACAGUUGGUGGCAGUGGUAACAACUCGAAAUCAUUGUUCAAUCUACUCAUUGAUAUUGUUGGUGCAAUAAGUUAUUGGGGAUGCUCCUCGGAUCUAUUGGAUACUUCAAAGUAUAUCGAUCCUCGAUUCUUUAUUACCUCUUCAAACUACAAUCUUUUCUUUAGUAACAAUCAUAGUACAAAGUUUGAUUCGUCACAUUCCUACUUCUCGAUGUUUGACAAGACAACAGUGUUCCCUUCCUGUUGGGAUAAUACGAGUGGCGGCGCAGCAACAACGAUGUUGCGUUUCUCUAACGAUGCCAAAAUCGCUACAUUCUCAGGCACCAACAACACCAAUGAGAUGUCGCCCAUUGUGCGCUCUGACAACUUGAUCCCCGAGAACGUUCCACUCUUUUACUUUGAAGUCAAGAUUGAGAACGACAACAAUGAGUCGUUGAGUCGCGAACUAAGUUGUAUCGUUGGUCUCUUCCCAAUGAAUCAUUUGGCGCAGUUGCGUUCACUUCGUGACUGGAAGUAUGGCUAUGGAUUCUCUGCUCGCGACGGCCACAAAGUCUGUCAUAGAAUCAACGCGUAUCGCUCACGUAUCUACGCAACGACAUUCACUCGUAACGAUGUCAUUGGAUGUGGAUGGAAUCGCAAGGAAGGCAAAGUAUUCUUCACCAAGAACGGUAAAUACCUUGGAACCGCUUUCAAGAAUGUCUAUGGCGACUACUUCCCGGCUGUCCAACUCGGUGCCGGUGUAUCGUUGUCCGUCAACUUUGGCCAUGUCGUUCCAUUCCUCUAUGACAUAACACCGCUGAUUUCCUCACACUUGGAGAGCGCACUCACCGAGAAGAAUCAACCUUCGAUGGCACUCUCCUACGUCUCCGAGGUUGUCUCGCUCCUGCGUAUACUCCUACGCACUCCACUCUGGAAACCGUCACUCCAGAAGCAUAUUGAAGACGGUUUGAAGCUGUUGCCCUCUACCAUUGUUCUUGAGACGAUGAAACCAACUGCUCCACCUUCGACACAGUCACUCCUGCAUGUGUUCUCCACGAUCACGCUACUGGCGGGUCACCUCGAUGGUAUAUGGGUGGGCGCCAGAGUCCAAGUGGAGCUGGGAUCCGGUCGAUUCGAACACGGAACCGUCAUUGAAUAUUCGCCACUUAGCAAUCUAAGUCGUGUACUGCUCGAUAGCAAUAUUUCCAAACUGACCAAGACUGUUCACCAUCGUCGAUACCUGAAGCCAAUCACCGAGGUAUCGAUCGACUUUAGUCAGUUCCUACCGUCGCUAUCCUCAAUACUUCCAUCGCUCUCUGUAUUCCUCAGACCAACCACAACCUCUUUACCUCCACUGUUAGCCAGUCCACCCAAUUCCAACUCCUCAUCUUCCAACAACAUUAAUUCAUCAACUUCCUCAUCGUCAUCGUCAUCCUCAAAGAAUCAAACAUCAACUGCAACAACCAUGAUGUUUAGAACCAAUCAAAGAAACAUCUAUCUCUUUAUAAAGUCGCGUGUUAUGAAGAUUCUAGGUUCAUUGCUAAAGUAUCCAGAGUGUGCCAAAUACACUUUGGAUGAAAUAUUGAUUCCGAUAUUGGUGGAGUUUGCUCUGGGUCGUCCUAUUCAAUUUUUGGAUGAACCAAAGAUCGAAAAGAUGGAACGUCUUUCCUUUAUUCUCAAGGAACGUAUCUAUGAUAGUUCAUUCAAGUUGUUCAUCACAGGUGAAUCGCAAUCGGCUGCAACUGCUGCUGCUUCCGCCAGUUCAAUGUCCAUGAAAAAGUCGGACAGCUUUGACGAACCGCUCAUUACGGAACUCGAUAUCGACGAGGACAAUGAGUUGAAUGAAACCGAGGAAUUCGAUGAGUUUGGAAUGAUUGACUUGGAGGGUGAUGAUUCACUAGAUUCCAAUCGUAAUCAGGAUGAAGAUCAUCAUGCCAGCGGAUCGAGUAAAGAUGGUAGUGGAAGUGGAAGUCGUGGUAACAGUCUGAGUGGACAUCAAAAGAAAGGAAGUGAUGUUAAAUCACGUCAAAACUCUGCUAAUUCAUCAAGUGUUACAAAUAAUAAUAAUAAUAACAAUAGUAAUACUGGAGGUAGUGGUAGUAGUAACAAUACCAACAAUGCAGUUGCCAACAACAACAACAGUAACAAUAACAAUGGUAAUCCAGAGGAUGAAGUUGAACAAAAUGGCGGUGGAACUACAACGGAUGACGAUGAAAAUAUCACUGAAGAUGAUAUUCCUGAAGAAGGAAUUCCAGGAAAACGUAUUCCGUGGACGGAAGUUCAAGUGGGAAUGUCAGUGAUGGUUGGAAAACGUGAGAAACUCGGACUGUGUCGAAGCAAUUGGGUGUUGGACAUGGAUCGUAUCAUCGGUUCCGUUGGAAUCGUCAAGAACAUCGAUAAGAAACACAAACAGGUUCUUGUUACCUUGUUGGAUGAGGAUACUUUCUCACUUGUCGAUUGGUGGUUGUGCUAUGAGAUACUGAUUCUCCCACCAACUUCCGAUCGUUCCUCCAAGAAUCCGUUACAAUCGAUCGAUAAAUACUCACAAGCUCAACUCGUUCAAUUGGAUGCAUCUUCAGAGAUGGCUCUCUCCAUUCUCUUUGCCAGACAAGCAUUGAUCUCAUUGCUCGUUUCACUUCCCAACAACAUUAAAGUUGCCUACAGUUCAUUCGGUGGUGCCAAGAAUCUCAUUUACAUUCUCAAGUUGACGCUUCACACCUCGCUGCUCAACAGUUUCGCUGGAUCGAGUAAAGUCAACAAUAACAUCACCAAACUCUUUAGUAACAUCAGUAACAAUGUUCUCAUGCAAAAGGAUCUACAGAAUCUAAAGCUACUGCAAUCAAAGUUGACGCUGCUCGUCCGACAGGAAUCUCAACAACAUCAACAUCAACACCAUUUAGAUUCUAACAUUCCCAACAAUAAUAACAAUGAUUCUGGAAGCUUAAGUAGUAUGAGAGAUAGUAUUGGUAGUAGCAGCAGUAGUGGAAGUGGUAGUGGUGGAAAGAAAUCUUCGUCGAGCGACAAGUUGGAAAAGUCGUUUUCAACAUCCGAGAAGAAUCUACUGUCAUUGUCUUCGUCACUCACUGUUACCUCAAGUCUUUCAGUGUCUGUUGACCAGGCCAAUUCCAACUCGUUGAGUGCCAGCACUGAAGGCACCAAAUGGAAGAGUUACAAGCCGCCGGUACUUGGUGUAAACAGCGGACUUGGAGAACCACUGAAAACCGGUAAUCUCAUGAAACAACAAAAGAUUAUCAAACUUUGGAAACGUGUGUUCGUUGUUCUCUCAAGUGAUGCACUGUUCUACUACAAAUCACAGAGUCAAACUCAACAAUCCCAAUCGACAAUUGGCGCGCACUCUGCCAAUCCAACGGGAUUGCAUUCCUUCUCGAAAGACACAUUCUCACUCUCGCCGAUUGGAUCGAUCGACUUGCGUGACAUUGUUUCUGUCACACAGAUAUCGAUUCCCAAGCAAAACAAGAUAUUCAAUAAGAAGGACUGUUGUUUCCAAGUGACAGUUGCCUCAAACAAAACUCACUUGUUCCAAGCACCCUCGCAAGAGGAGUUGAACGAUUGGCUACAGAUUAUCAAUAGCGCCUGUAUCUCUAGUGCGUCGUUCCGUUCGAAAUCCAACACACUCUCAUCAAACUCGCUGGUUGAGAUGCUCGUCAAAGAGUGUUCGCUGCAACUGAAGGAAACCGCUCACGAACAACUACCUCAUCUCAACGAGGAAUCACCACAUCCAUACCCUCCAAACUACAAAUGCAAAAAGAUCAUUCGUGUCGAGGGUGCUCUAUCGCUGCUCGUGGUGUUUGACUCUCGCACAACCACUGAGCCUGGCUAUGGUGUGCUAAAGUUCUUCUACGAUCCGUGCUGUACCGACUUGAUCGCUUCAUUCUGCGGAAAGAUCACCUCGUUCCCACCGACGCUCGUUCAAGCCGGUCAAUUCUGGAUGAUUUUCAACUCGGAUUCACCCAACUCUGAAUGGGGAUACAAGUUCACUGUCACCCCGAUACGUUUGCGUACCAGUGACGUCAGUCUACUGCCCAAUCCAAACUUUGAAUUUGCGUGUUUCCUCGUGGAUUGGGCACUCCAACUGGAACCAAGCCACUUUAUCGCGCGCUAUCCCUACUUCUUCUCGAGUGACCUGAUCGAGUUGUUAAUGCAUCAUCUCGAUAACAAUCAACCGCUGGAUCGUAAACUGAAAGUAAUCAACUUCCUCACACGUGUACUUCAGAAACAACGUGAAGCACCGAUGGCAGUGCCACAAAACACCAACAAGCUUGAUUACCUCAAAGAAGAGAUGUUCAAACUCUACCGAUUCGAAACUAAUUUGAACGUAACAAACACACUCUACUCACAGUACCUACAACGACUUAUUGAGCUGUGCAUUCACUCGGAAAUCAACAAAGCUCAUUGGCAAACUAUCAACUUGGACCAAUCCACUUCCAGUUCCUCAUCUGCUUCCAGUUCCUCCUCAAACACUGUCAAUAUCAAUACAAACAGUGGAGUUGGCGGCGGCAGUGGUGGUAGUGGUAGUGGUGGACCUACUAUUGGUAGCUCUCUUGUUGCCAGCAGCAACAAUCUGCUGUCGAAUUCCAACAACAAGUUGGAUAACAAGGAUAUAGUUAUCGAGGAUCCACGUGUAGUUUUCCACCGCAUCAUCAAGACCUACAAGAUUCUUGAGAAUCUCUUCAAGGGCAAAGGAUUGAAUCGCGAGUUCAUCAAAGAAGCAUUCAUUGAGACGCGAUUCAAACAGGUGGUCGACAGUCCACAUCCAUACCCUCAAGGUGUUCGUGUAACAGCCAACAUUGUGAUACCGAACGCCGUGUCACUACGUGUUGAUUUCGAACCGAAAUCCAAGACUCAAUCGUAUGUCGACUAUCUCAUGUUCUCGAGAAUCACACCGGGAGGUGAUGAUCUUGGUUUCUUUACCGGUGACUUCCCACAGACACCGAUCCUAAUCAGUGGCGAUCGUUUCAUUUGGUCAUUCUACUCUGACUCUCACGAAUCGGAAUGGGGAUUCAGAUUCACAGUGACACCACUCUUUACUGAAGAAGUCCAAAAGGAACAUGAACAGCAGUACGAUCAAGAAAUUGAAUUCCUUCUUUCGAAACCAUGGAAUCACAGUCUCGACUUGGAACUAGUUAAAUUUGUAAACACAGUCUGUGAGAAACAAAAGAAGACACCUUCUCAAUUAGUAUUUGAACAAUGUUGUACAACUGAAUAUUUAAUAUUAUUCCCAUUGUUGUAUGAAAUUAAGGAUCCUUUGGUAUUGUAUUUGAGAUUCAAUGUGCUGAAACAUUUCAAUACAUGUGUUCAAUCAUUCCUUCAGUAUGUUGACUUGCGUGGUGCCAGUGAAGAUUGGUCGAUUGCCUAUAGGCUGUGCAGUCUUCGUGAUCCGUCGCGACUCCGUCAUAAUGACAGGGCGUUCGAAGUGAAACUGGAGCGUGAAGGUGCCAGAGAUGCAGGUGGUCCUUAUCGCGAGUGCAUAACACAAAUCAUAUCUGAGAUUCAAGGAUCGGAGAUGAAUCUCUUCCUACCUUGUCACAAUGCACAGGGCGACGUUGCAUUCAAUCGUGAUAAACUCGUACCCAACUCAUCGGAGAACUCGCCAUUCUCUCUUCAUCUCUAUGAAUUCGUUGGUAAACUCAUCGGUAUUGCCAUUCGUACCAAGAAUUGCAUUGAACUUUCAUUCCCCUCGAUCUUUUGGAAGUCGUUGGUCUGCGCCAAAGUCGAUCGUCAAGACCUAGAGGCGAUCGAUAAAUACUCGACCAACCUCUUUGAAAUGAUGGAAAAGUCACCGACUGGACGCAACUCUUUGGAUCAGGAAAUGUUCAACGAGCUGAUCUUCCAGAAUUUCACAACUCGUUCCAUUGACAACAGCGUAGUGGAGCUCGUUCAAGACGGAAAGAAUCAAUCGGUGACAUGGAGCAAUCGUCUCGAGUUUGUAAAGCUACUCGAACAAUACAAGCUCAAUGAAUUCAAACUUCAGAUCGACGCGAUGGUGAGAGGUGUAGCAUCGAUCGUUCCGCUGCACAUGCUCAACAUCUACACUUGGCAAGAGUUGGAGAUGCGCGUCUGCGGCAUGCCAGGACUCGAUCUCAAACUGCUGAAACGUCACACUCGUUACUAUGGACUGUCGUCGAAUGAGCCACGCGUCGUUUGGUUCUGGCGCACGCUCGAAUCGUUCUCCUCGGAGGAACAAACGUUAUUCCUCCGAUUCGUCUGGGGACGUUCACGUCUGCCGCCCUCGAACGAAUUCAACUUCCAAUUCCAAUUGCAAGUGUUCAUUCGCAAUGAAUCGACCUUCUACGACGACGACUACGAGAGUGGACUGCACGGUGAAGGCUCAUCGAGCAGAAUGUCAAUCGAUGAGAAUCAAGAUGAAUACCUACCGGAAGCACAAACCUGUUUCUUCACACUCACACUUCCAAACUACAGCUCACAGGAGAUCAUGAGAGAGAAACUUCUCUAUGCCAUCACAACAUGCAGAGAUAUCGAUGCUGACUUUAUCACACCCGAUGACAUCACAGUACCAGUACCUGUAUUAAAUGGAAAUAAUAUGAUGGAAUGA